AUGACCUGUGGAUCAGGAUUCGGUGGAGGCCGUGCCUUCAGCUGUGCCUCAGCCUGUGCGCCCCGGGCUGGCCGCUGCUGCAUCACCGCCGCCCCUUACCGCGGCGUCUCCUGCUACCGUGGAAUCUCCGGGGGCUUCGGCAGCCGCAGCGUCUGUGGUGGCUUCCGGGCCGGCUCCGGCGGCAGCAGCUUCGGGUACCGCUCCGGCGGGGUGUGCGGACCCAGCCCACCAAGCAUCACCACCGUGUCCAUCAACGAGAGCCUGCUCACCCCCCUCAACCUGGAGAUCGACCCCAGCGCCCAGGGUGUGAAAUUUCAGGAAAAGGAACAGAUCAAGGGCCUCAACAGCAAGUUUGCUGCCUUCAUUGACAAGGUGCGCUUCCUGGAGCAGCAGAACAAGCUGCUGGAGACCAAAUGGCAGUUCUACCAGAACCGCCAGUGCUGCGAGAGCAACAUGGAGCCCCUGUUCAACGGCUACAUCGAGACCCUGAGGCGGGAGGCCGAGUCCGUGGAGGCCGACAGCGGGCGCCUGGCCGCCGAGCUCAACCACGUGCAGGAGGUGCUGGAGGGCUACCGGAAGAAGUACGAGGAGGAGGUUGCUCUGAGAGCAACCGCCGAGAACGAGUUUGUGGCCCUGAAGAAGGAUGUGGACUGCGCCUACCUGCGCAAGUCGGACCUGGAGGCCAACGCGGAGGCCCUGACCCAGGAGAUCGACUUCCUGCGGCGCCUGUAUGAAGAGGAGAUCCGCGUUCUCAACUCCCACAUCUCAGACACCUCGGUGGUCGUCAAGAUGGACAACAGCCGGGACCUGAACAUGGACUGCGUCAUCGCCGAGAUCAAGGCUCAGUACGACGACAUCGCCAGCCGCAGCCGGGCCGAGGCCGAGAGCUGGUACCGCACCAAGUGCGAGGAGAUGAAGGCCACGGUGAUCCGCCACGGCGAGACCCUGCGCCGCACCAAGGAGGAGAUCAACGAGCUGAACCGCAUGAUCCAGAGGCUGACGGCCGAGGUGGAGAACGCCAAGGCCCAGAACGCCAAGCUGGAGGCCGCCGUGAGCCAGUCUGAGCAGCAGGGCGAGGCCGCCCUCAACGACGCCCGCUCCAAGCUGGCCGGUCUGGAGGACGCCCUGCAGAAGGCCAAGCAGGACAUGGCCUGCCUGCUCAAGGAGUACCAGGAGGUGAUGAACUCCAAGCUGGGCCUGGACAUCGAGAUCGCCACCUACAGGCGCCUGCUGGAGGGCGAGGAGCACAGGCUGUGUGAAGGUGUUGGCUCCGUGAAUGUCUGUGUCAGCAGCUCCCGGGGUGGAGUCGUCUGCGGGGACCUGGGCGUGUCCAGCUCCAGGCCAAUCAUCAGCAGCGCCAGUAGCGCCUCCUGCGGGUCCACCCGGAUGUCCUGCCGCAAAUUUCUUCUGUUCUUAUCCUGCAUCACCCCCGUGCUCACCGCCACUGUGCCUGAGCCUCAGGGCCGCUCAGCAACUGCUUGCAGGCGUCACCACAAACUGAACCGUGCAAACCCAGACUCCACAAGGGAGGAGGUGCCCCCAGAGGAGGAGCCCCGGGAGCGGGACGGGGGUCGGGAGGGGGACGGGGCGCUGGGCCGGGGCGCGAGCUGCGGGGCGGCUGGUCUCUCGGCCGGUGAGCUGCUCCCCGACAGCUCGCUCCGGGCGGGGCGAGAGCGCGGGCGAGGCGGGGGCCGGCCCCAGGGCGAGGGCGCCGGGGUGCGGGGCUAA